CCCAUAGAAAUGCCCUUAGAACUAUCAAAUUUGUCAUACUUUCCUCUCGAAACAUCUCCGAGGUAAAUUCAAGUGAACAUGCGCGGUGCCUCGUCCGAAACACGAUUGUUACAGCAGAAACUGUCCAACAUCACAUCUCACCCCUUCGUGAACUUCUUCCUGGAGCUCUGCAAGAGCAGGGACGGAUUGAACCUGAACGAACUGGCCGAAAAAGCUGGCAGGCUGUGGCAAGAGAUGGAUGUUAGCGAAAAAGUUCCUUAUUACAGACUCGCCAGGAAGGUGAGGAAGAUUGGGAAGUCCAGGAAAGGAUUAGAAGUGCCAAGAGAGAAAAGAAAAAGGGUUCGACCUAGGCCAAAACCGGUAGCUACAGCGGUGGAACAAAAGAAAGUUCUAAUAUCGAAAAGGAUGGCUCAGUUGCAAGAAAAGGAGGAAGAAUCUCGUCCUGGCGAAGGAACUGCGGAUGAAACUGGAAACGGAAGUAGUACUGACUGUAAUUCCGUAGAAAAUUACUGUUUGGACGUAUUGAAGCGGAGAUAUUCUCAUUCGAGUACAUACGAAAGCGAUUGAUUUCAUUUUGUUAAGUUUUUUUUUAACAUUACUCUCAGUUUUACACUAAUUAUAUCUACCUACAUGGAAAAA